AUGAGUGGUGUAUAUGUGGUAUCUUCCCUUCUCAGAAUAUGUAAGAGACGACACCCUCAAUGGAUAUUUGGAGGGCGUAACGGAUUCACAUUAUUUCGUACAUGUCGUCAAUAUCAUCCGAGGCAACUGCAAAACCGACGAAACAACCAUCACGCUUCCAAACCGCUGUCUGCCUCGGGCACCGUCGGACUUGACAGCAAUAAUAUCCAGAAUUCGGACUUCAUUAAACAUGCAGCGGAUGAAAAAGUCAAUGAACCCGAGCUGAACUUUAGCGACACUAAAAAGUCAUUCAAAACAAAGACGACCUUGGAAAUAUCUCGGGCGUUGGCUGUGUUGAAAAUGUGCUCCUACUCGUACUUUGUCGACAAUAGUUUAAAGUUAAUGAAGAUCUCACAGAUGAUUCUCGGUAAAAAAUUAUCAUAUUAUCUGUUAAAAUCUACUUUCUACGGACAGUUUGUAGCUGGACAUGACAUCCCAUCUAUUUUGAAGCGUGUUGAGAGACUCAAGCUCGCUGGUAUUGCACCAAUAAUAUCCAUACCACUCGAGGAUGGUUUUGGUGGGCCUAAUGUCAGUGACGAAGACAGGGACAUAAUAUGUGCUGACAACAUCAAAGUGAUGGAAAGGUGUGUCGACCAGACAUUACAAGUAUGUGAUAACACUAAGCCUAUUCUGAUGCAAGUACGAGUCAGUCCUUUGGUGUGGCCUGAAGUGUUGAUAAAAAUUGGUGAGCUGAUUGUGAAGAAUGGAUAUACCUACGGUGACGGGGGACCAAUAAGUAUUCAGAACUUUGCCAAAGGACUGAAUCAAGUCAAUAAAAAGAUAGAAAGAAUUCCUGAACUAACUGAUACUGAGUUUGAACAUCUAAAUAAUACAUUACACCGUUUAGACAGACUGGCACAGUAUGCUGUAGAUAAUAAUACAACGCUGCAGAUAGACGCAGAGUAUAUAAACCUUAAUAUGGGAAUAACUCUGUUAUGCUUAGCACUAAUGUAUAAAUACAACCAGACCAAACCUUUGAUAUGGAACACAUAUCAAACGUAUCUCAAGGCUGCACAUUCCAACAUCUGCAGAGAUAUUGCGAUGGCCGAGAAAUUAGGUUUCACAUUUGGUGUAAAAUUGGUUAGAGGUGCAUACAAUGACACAGAAAGAUUACGAUCCAAAGAAAUGGGAUAUGAAGAUCCGAUCAACCAGGAUUAUGAAGCUACACAUAUAAUGUAUAAUAAGAGCUUGACCAUGAUGUUAAAUUUAAUCAAAACACAUGACAGAAAAUACAGUAUGAUUGUAGCAACCCACAAUGAAGAAAGUCUUACUCUGGCCGUAAACAAGAUGACAGAACUUGGUAUUGAUAAGACGGAUGGCACAGUUUGUUUUGGCCAGUUGUUAGGAAUGUGUGAUCAAGUAUCAUAUGCCUUAGGUCAGUCAGGGUAUUUAGCAUACAAGUCACUGCCAGUGGGAACAGUGGAUCAGGUGAUGCCAUACUUGUCAAGACGGGCAUCAGAAAAUCGAGCCGUCCUAGCGGGUGCUAAACGAGAAAGAGAGCUGCUAUGGAGAGAAUUGAAGAGAAGAACAAUGAAGAUAUGAACAGUUUAUUAUGUGCAAUAAUAGUCAUAUUUAUAAAACAAGUCAUUUGCACUUGCACAUUUGAUGUAUGUCAUGAAUCCAUAUUGUACAUGCAUGUGUAAAAUAAUGGUAGUUGCCAUCUAUUAUUGAUUUAAGAAACAAGACAACAUCAAUUUACAACAC